CGGACGGACAUGGAACAGAGGCCUGGGGAGCAGCCCUCAAGAGUCCCAAAGAAGGAAAAGAUCGAGGAGCAGCCGGAGACCCCAAGUCAGUCCGUCUCAGGCCGCGGUCGGGUGCUGUUAAUAAGAGAGUUCUUCAAGCAGGAUGAAAGCUACACGACCUUGCCCAACACCCAAGCAACAGACUGCCAAAAUAGUUGCCGCAGUGCCAGGCAGCGACUCAAGCGCACCAGAGACAGCUUGGCGGACAACCCCGAAGCCCCGGCCGCCAAGCGAGCAAAGAUGCCGCAGCUCUCGCGUCUCAAGAAGGAGGACUUGCUUGAUUGCGAGAAGCCUUGGGCUCCACAAGGGAACCCCGGCUCAGAAGCCGCUGAGAUCGCCGAGCUAAGCUCAGAGCCCGGCAAGCAGCUGCUCCUGGUGCUGUGCCACGCGUCGGCGCUGGACACGCAGCUGCCGCGACUUCAGCUGCUCCUGCAGCAGGUACGGGUCCAGAAGCGUCGCCCGCCAGCCGCGCUCGUCGGGAUCCUGGUGCAGCCGCGGCCGGAUGAGGAGGACGAGUCGCGCCGCCGUCUGGGGGACCUGCUAUACAGCAUCUUCUCUUCAGAAAACCCGGGGGUCGAGGUGCACACAGCAGUGUUCUGUCCCAGCCGCCCCCAGGGUGUCCUGGACGUCCAGCGCGCUGAUAACCAAGGGCACAUGGUCCACCUAGUGGAUCGCCAGACCCAAACGGAUGCAGUGCCUCUGACCUAUGUGGCCCCACGCUCCUGCUCCUGUGCAGCCUGCCCGGGCAGCUCCGCUUGCUGGCGUCGUCUGGGGCUUUGCCAUACCCGAAUCUUUGAUGUCCUUCUACCUCGGGACUGGUCAUCCAUGCCAGGGAGAGGAAUCCCAAACCUUCUCACCUUCUACAGAAAACCAUCAAGGAAGUACUGCGCUCCCCGUAACUCUCGUGCUUCAAGCUCUUGGAACUGUUGCUGUGGCUCUGGGGGCCUUGGGAGUUGCCUACUUCAUGGCUGAAUCCUUGUGAAUCAGACCCCAGGCCCACUGUCCGGCAGGGGUUCAUGGCAUGGCACCCCAACUAUGCCACUCUGCGUAAGGAUUAUUCUAAGAAGAAAGUCAUUGAGAAACUGAAGCUCGUCUCUGCCCUCUCUGAUCUACCUGAGAACAGCAUAAUCUCUGCUAUUACAAUGAGGUGACGCCAUCCCGGGAAGGGUGAACAGUCUUGUCCCUGAAGACAGCACACAGGAAAACCAUCCCACACAAAGUCUGCCUUGUCUCCAUAUCGGUGCCCUUCCACAGUCGGCCACCAUUCACAUUCAAACCUUUUAUAGCUUCCCUACAAAAUUCUUGCUGUUUAUGGGGAUGUCUGUACAUCUUUUGUGUCAUUUGCUCUGUGCAUAGGCACUGCCUCAUUAAUAACUUGUUUUUCUCUUGCUAACCUGCCCUUUGUCC